GCUCCAUGAUGUUCCCAACAGCUGACAGACGGUGAAAGCCUCUGCCAGAGCUGUCGGUGGGAAGAGAGUAACCUCUUGUCGCUAGCGUAAACGAACUGAAAAUACAGCUCUCGCAUUAGUGGACUCAGACGAGCUUCACGAAGCAGGUUACGGCCGAGAAUUUAGUUUUUAUUGAACAGUUUUUUUUUCCUCGUUAGCAUCCUGACUUCUCCACAUUGGGAGCAGGGGACAUUUGCUGUCAGCUAACUUCCACAAUAGGUCGCUGCGUCGCUGGGACUGCUGCAUAUGUUGUAUUUGAGCUUAACAGUUUGACUCCAGCCCUUCCAGCCGUGCCCAAUGCUGAGGAAUGGAUAGUGUGUCUGCUAACGGUGGGAAGAUGGUCGAGAGUGAUGAGCAGCCGGAGAGGGAUAGUGGCGGCGGUGGCGGCGGCGGCGGUGGCGCAGCGAUGGCCGCACUACAUCAAUGCGAACUCAUCCAGAAUAUGAUUGAAAUCUCCAUCUCCAGUUUACAGGGGCUACGGACCAAAUGCGCCGCGUCCAAUGACCUCACACAGCAAGAAAUCCGCACUUUAGAGGUAAAGAGCUUCGCAGUUUCGCCUGAAUCCUGUCCUGCGGUAGAGAAACCUUGUAGUCAAAUUGCGGAGUCAUGAAGCCCAAACACUGUCCGCCUCAUAUAGUGGCUGAAAAUUGGCUGCAAGCGAGGUGUCCUUUUUUAUCUUAGUGUAUAUUUUGCACAACUGGGUCGACGCAUUGAGAUAAAAAUGACUUUAAAUGGUAUUCAAGUUCCCUCUUGUGCUUGGGACUUCAUUUUUUUUUCUAGACGACCCAUAAACGGUAGAAAUAGCUCUGAUAUUUGUGUGACCUCUUUAUCUAGAUAGGAAUAUUAGUCAGGAGCCCCUCGGAUACUUCACAUUACGGCGGUGUGCAGCUGAAUCCAGACUGGCCUAAUGGCACACAUUCAAUAAUCUGAUGCUGCUAUUAUUUAUGUUCCCGUGUUCUGUUCCUUUGUGCAGGAUUUUCGUCUAUGUACACAGGGCAUGCAGUGCAAAUACAAAACGUAAAUGUACGACGUGUUCCUUGUGUUUAUCCGUCACCCAAACGUCAGCAGGCAGGCAGGCAGGGUGGAUGCACGCGCUGUUCUCUCCUGCAUCUGGAUGCAGAUUCAGUUCAGGCGUGCUGGGAUGACUUGACAUUGCUGUGCGCAAGAGCCAGGGCUUUGUAGGGCCUCAUCAGCAUGCCCUACUAUAGUAGGCAGCAUUACAAAGAAGUCAUGCCUGGAAGCAUGCAUGUAUGCAUCAGCACAGGAUGCAUUUGGUGUUUUUACUUUGGAUUCUUUUAGAAAUUUUAGAUGCAAAACAUAAACUACUCUUUCUGGAAAAUGUGGGAUUAUGAUUGGAGUGUUUCAGAGCUUGUUCAUUCUUUUAAAUAUGCAUUUUUACUCAAUUAAUCUGAAAGAUAUAGUGCCAUUUGUAAGGGGGAUUUUCUGUCCCAAGCCUUCGUGUUUCCACCCAUGGGAUGUUUACAGUCACAUAUUGUUUUUGUAAAAUUCUCAGCUGCGAGGAGACUGAAGGAAUCGUGUCAUGGAAAGACCAGCUUUCAUGUUGUUAGUAACAAUGCCAUAAGGGGACAACAGGCCCUGCUUCUGCUGAGCAGGCUGAUAGGAAGAGGGGGCUGAUACAGUACAUUUUGAUAAGAUAGAGUGGGGGUAAAACAAUGGAAAAGCACAAAGUGGAUGCCUACAGUUUUCAACUUGUAGAAGGUAGAUUAAUGGGUCUUUGGUUUCGGCUCCAGACGCUCAGACACUAGUCUUGAGAUAUGAUAGAUGAUAAAUGUGCUUUCUGCUUCAUGGUUUAUUUAAACACUAUACCUUGGAUAAAAAGAGUCUUCACUCCUGAUUGGCUAGUGGCCAUCAAUUAUCCAUGUCUGUUUUAUUUCUGUAUAACCAAACACCCCCUGAACAAUUGUGCCGUUGCCCCUAUAAACUAAUGUUCCAGACAGCUCAGAGCAUUUAGUUUCAGCCAUACAGCUGCACAAUGCAGCCUGGCUCAACUGGUUUUCAGGUGACCUUCAGAGUGGACACUAGAUAAUGAAGAAAGUAACUCUUUAAAGCAACAUGCUAUGUUUCUGUAAUCCUUUUACUGUCGGGACAGGUAGUCCAAAACUGUCGCCUGCUAAAAGAUCUUUUUGUGAGGGUUGUAUCAAAGUCAAAAGAAAAAGUAUAUACCUCAAAAGAGUGGUGAUAUUACAGAGCAGGCCUGUUUUUCAGAGCAGCUUUUUGCUCAUUUUUCAGAAUAUUAAUGUCUACAAAUAAUGUUGAAGCUCUGUAAGUCGCUGGCAGGCAUCAAGUGCAAGUUGGCAGGCCACUGUGUGAGAACAAAUUUUCACAGGCUCAAGUACAGAAGCCCAGUAUUAAAUGAAAAAUUCAAAGUAUUAACUGAAAUAGAAACCAGAAAAGAUCAGUCUGUGUUUGAAGAUGUGGAUUUAACCCUAAACUGCAGUAAGAAAAAGACUUUUGCCCCCAAUGUACCGUACUUGUACUCUUUUAAUUCACAUGUUAUUCUUUAAUGGUUGAAGAGUUUUAAAAUUUGAAGUUGAACUCAUGGCUUGCAUACAUGUAUAUGCUGUCAGGCGUACCUCACUGCGCGGAACAGGACGUGAUCUGGCAGAGUACUUCCUGAGGUACGCUGUCAUGCCCCGGCAUUGUUCUGCACGACAAUAGGCCAGCCGUGCCGGUCUCACAUGUUUCUUCAAGGCCCUAAAAACUGAUCUGAGGUCUUUUUCCUGUGGUCAGAGGCGAUUAUCAAAGGGGGUAUUCCUCAUAAUCCCUCAUAAUGAAAAGUAGAAAUAGUUGGUCUGGUUACUUCUGCUUUAAAGACAAUCAUAGCCUUGAGGUUUGUUUUAUCUAAGAUCUGGAGAAAACUUGGUGAUUUCCAGCACAGUCAUUGCAGUCAAAUGUGGCCUGGAUGGUACAUUUACAACCCUUUGAGGCAGUACCUUUCACCCAUGACUCCUGGCACAGCUAUUUUGACUUUUGUAAAGUCCAAAGUAAAUAUAGGUUGCGACUUUGAAUUUCACUCACUUAUCUGAAAACAUUACAGCUCAGUUCAAAACUUCAAGAAAAUCCCCCUUGAAAUAGUGACGUCCUGUUUGUCUCAUAAUGCAACAGCAGCACUGAUAAAGCAGUGAUUUAAGUCUAUCAGGUUUAGGCGCAAUUUUUGUCAGUUGUGUAGAUAUUAUCCUAGUUUAAAGAUUAUUCUGCAGAGGUUCAAUAAAAGAAUGUAGAUUUUAAACUAAUUUUGACUUUGAGGUUGAACCUUUAUUAUUUUUUUGGGUCUGCCAUUAAUCGUAAUCCUUCUUAAUUUGUCCUUUUUGUAGUAUUUGUAUAACUCCUCAAGAGCUCAUACAGCAACCAUUCAAGUAAUGCGCUUUGAAAAUGACAGCUGUGAUGUAUUAAAUUUUAAAAAUGUUACUUCUUGCCUUUUGAAACUCAUGAUAUUAUAUCCUGCAAUUUUUAACUCCAGCCUGCAAGCUCUACAGUCGCUCUUUUUCAGGCGUCCUUGGCCUUGGCGUACCAUGUGAGCGGAUGAUAGAAAAGAGAGAGUUUUAUCUAAUGAAAGAGGGUUUUUAGAUCAGCUUGUCUGGCUCUUCAUAAUGUUUAGUUAAGAAUGAAGCUGUGUGUGUUAUUGCCAGGAAGCUUUGUCCACAUGUCUUGAAGCAAGUCAAGCUGGAAGGGGACGGGGCACUGCCUCAAUCAGCAGUCUUACUUCCUAUGUCUUUACUGGCACGCUGUUUUGAAACCACAUGUUGCCAUAAGUGUGCGCUUUCACUUCUCGCUUUAGCAUUUCUUGAGAUAUCACUUGCCACAUGCCACGGUUAUUUAAAGUCAGCAGAUCGGGGAGUUAGUCAGGGGGGUUUUAUUUGCUUGAUAGAUCCUUGCUGUCGUAUAUUUCUUAGACAUUUACAGGACAUCCUAAAAAUCUGCGGGCCCUUGCUCCCAUCGUGUUCAACUGAUCACUUGUUCAAACGACUUUCCAGCAGAAGUGGCUCUACAUGCUGGAUGUCAUUACCACCAGAGCUUUGAGCUACUUUAAUUCAUGUGAUGAAUUUGAGCGAAGCAUGUGAGGUCAAAGCAGUUGUCACACUUGUGGUGCAAACGCUCCCACGUUGCACUGAAGUGCCGUCGAGAGAGGCUUGAACUCGCUUUAUACUCUCAUUGAGAGAGCUUUAUUAUUCCACUUACACUGUGUGUGUUUUUUCUGCCUUGCCAGUGAGAGGAUAAUGAUACUGGCCUCUCAAAUGGAGUGCUAACUGGUACUUCACUUUUCACAUGUUUAUCCCACUCAGUCUGGUCUCUGCCUCCCAUGCUGCCUCCCAGAUAUUUUACAGUAACUCUUUAUGUUUUCUUGGCUUUUACUUGAUUGUAUCCACUCAGCGGGUUUUUGAAACCAGGUCCAAAGCUGUCUGCACGAGCCAAACAUUUAGAGAAAUGACCUCACAGCAUCCUAUAAACAGAAGAACUUAAGUGUUUUGCUCAUGGGCUGUGUCUUAUCUAAACUUAAACAAGUGUCAAAUGUUGCCGGAUAUCUAUCCAUCUCUCUAAAUCCUCACACAAACCUCUUCACCAUCCUAUCUUUCUAAUCACUGCUCUCAGUCAUGAUCAGCAAACAGCAAAGCGUCACUCUGUUUUGUCUCCUCACGGUGAUGGAGAGAGUUUGCUGCGUGCUCGUGGUGCGAGCUGUUGUGGCUGCAUCUAUAUUUAGAUAUCUUUCUUCCUACGCAUUUUCAGGGUUGGUUGUUAAAUAAGAAAAUCAAAUGACGCGCAAAGAGCCUGUGCAAGAGGAGAGAGCAGGGAGGAAAGGGGAGGGGAGAAUCAAAGCCAAUCCGCUGGGCUGUUUCUGAUGACAUGACAACCGCUGCAUGUGUGUGUGUGUGUGUGUGCACAUGUGUGGAUCUGUUGGAGGCCUAGGAGAAGACAAUGGAGACUGUUUCUCACAUGAAAGUAUAGAGGAAACCCAGCUGUGUAGCAACGCGGACCCUGUCUGUUUCCUUUUUGUACCGGUGGUGUAGUCAAUAAGAAUGAUGUGGAAAUCAGGCCUGUAGGACAGUGUAGUGUGCAGGCCUUACUCUAGUCCUAAACUGACUCAGGAUCAGUUGCAUUACAUCAUGUCAUUUUUAGGUUUCCUUUGCUUGUUGACUGAAAAAUAUAGGGGGGCCGGGGGAGGGGGUGCUUGCCCCAUCUCCAACAAUGAGGAAGUUAGCAAGAUGUGUUUGUCUGUUUAUGUUAAAAAUUGUAAUAAUCAGUAGUUUGGUCACGGUAACAUAUUACAGUUUAUACUGAAGUAUGACUUUUAGCUAGAGCCCCACCGAUACGGAUUUUUUGGGGCCAAUGCCAAUGCCGAUUAUUAGAGAGGGGGGAUCUGAUUACCGAUUAAUCUGCCGAUUUUUAAAAUUUCUUUAUGAAGUUACCGCUGCCGUUCGGUGCCUCCGCUCUUAACUCACGUUACACUUUUCCGGUCCGGUCUCAUCUGUAGACAUGCAGCUGCUUCAGAAAGAGAAGUAGCUCAAUCACAUAAUGUGUACUGUUGUUUAUUCUACCGUUACUGGCACGGCUAACAGUGUAGCAAGGUUAAUCGCAGGUGGCUAACUCUAAAAUAUCGGCAAAAAUUUUGUUUUGGCCCAUUACCGAUAAGUCUCAAACGGGCAAAAAUUGGCCGAUUUAAUCAGCUCGCCCAUUAAUUGGUCGGCCCCUACUUUUAGCAACUUAAAUAUAGUUAGAUUUUUGAGACUGAAACUUAUAUUUGUGCCUUUUCAUGACACCCAAGAGAAAAAAAAACUGUCAGAGACAAGAUCAAAGUUUUUUAUGUCCUAAUUUUUAAUGUCUUGCAGCUGAAGAAACAGCCAUAUUUGCACAAUUUCCACAUAAAAAUUUUACAAUUGAAUAUAUGUUUGACCGUCAAAAAGUCAGCUGGAUGAAAUUUAUGUCAAAAGACACUACUCUAGCAUGUGGAGGACAAGAUGAACAAAGGCUGCUUUGUCCACAGGGGGCGCCAAAAUUGACACAAAAGUUCAGUCGUUGGUCAUGCUACUGUCACAUCUCCAUCACUUACCAAUCCAAAUCAAAAAGCAGUAGUUGUAGUUGUACGAUAAACUUUCUACAAUAAUGGCAGAGGUUACUAUGGGGAUAAAACUAACCACACUUGUGUUUUCAGUACAGUUUCCAAGUACUACGUAACUUUGCUUGGGAAAAUUUGACCCAGCAGAAUGAGCCUCAAAUACAUGGUCAAUGCGUACAAACAAUUUAACCAAUCAGAAGAGGCCCAAGUUGGAUUUCAGCUACCUUCAUCUUGGUUGGAAACAGUUUAAUUAGUACUGCACAGUUGGCUAAAGGCUGUGGAAGGAGACGAAGGCAAGGAAAACAAAAUUGGUGGUAAUCCUGGAAAGAAAAUAUUAGCAUGUCUUUUUCUGUUUUAGGGAAGAUGACUCGGCAAACACACACACACACUAACACACACACCAUCUCAAUUUUGCAAUAUCUAACGAUUUAACCACACAUGGUUUAUUUUCCUGAUGUCAUUGGAGGCCUAUUGGUGUAUUUUACUCACACCACAUUAACACUCUUGAAGAUGUCAGACAGUAGAUAACAUAGACUUGGCUAAGGUUCUGCUCUGCCUACGUGUAUGGUGUGUGUGUGUGUGUUUGUGUGUGGGCUGUGACUAACCUUGUACAACCUUACUACAGAGAGCUGGAGGCCAUGCUAUCUAUCACCUCCUCAACCCCCACCCCCCUUCUCUUGCCCAGUAUAGGGGUCAACUUGCACUGGUGGUAACAAUGAUGGAGGAGGGGCAGAAGGCUAUUGUCUUGGACUGUCAACAGUGUACGUUUGGCCUCCCCACAAGAGCCAAAGUGACCUGGUCCAUGCAAAACAAGGACUCGCUGACCACAUUGUGCUUUUGUCUUUGGAAAUUUUAGCCUUUUUUGAUGUGAGGUUGCAGCUGUGCACCAGUCUGCUCACCAUGGCUCAGUUGCAUGAUCCUGUUUGAAAUGCUUCCUUGAUAGCAGCAUUAAAAUUUGCUUUUAAUUUGAAUAAUUUUUUUUCAAGCUGUCAUGCCACACGCAAUGUCAUAAACUGUUCUUACUGGAGCUUCCAUCAACCAAUGAACCUAAACUUCAACCCCAAUCCUAUAAAAGUCUAAAUGCUGCUAAUUUAAAACUGAAUUUUAUCAUUUGCAAAUCAUUUAAACUCUUUAUUUAGUCAAAAAUAGUGAAAAAACAAUAUCUGAGAUGUUGAAAAUAAACACUGGCGGUGCUUGGUGGAAAGAACAUGUGUAAAAGGCAACUUACUUACAUCUGUACAAAGCUCCCAGGUCGACUGUCGCCGACCCACUGGCACCACAGCUGUCUGCAGCCAUUCUUGCUGAUGAAAUGAGUGUGGCGAGUGUCCACAGUCGGGUACUCAAAAUCUUGACCGAUUUGAGUACGUCAUCCGGGGUACUUUUGCCUACUCAAUUUUCACAUACUGUCCAUACUUUUUUCCAUUUUGAGUUGAGUAUACUCAAAAUUUUAAGUAUUUAGUAUGGAAGUAUGCAAUUUGGGACACACCAUGGGUGAGCAAAUGGUUUAAUGAUUCCAGAAUAAAGUUCUUAAGUGUAAAAUUUAGGGAAUCUGGAGAAAUCUCACAAAAAAAACCAACAAUCCCAGACACCAACACUUAGAUGACCAGGAUCUUCAGGCCUUUUAAGUGUCAGUGCUUUAAAAACAGACAAGACCAAAGUGGAAAGCACAUCUAAAAACCACCAUCUGUGAACAAAAUCUCUUGCUGCAUCUAGAACGUACCUUGAAAGAGGGAACCAUGUAUAAACAUGAUCCCAUCUGAGCCCAUUAAAGACAGACAGAGGCAAAGUGGAAAAUUGUGGUCCAAUGAAUCAUAGUUUAAUAUUCUUUCUGGAAAUCAUAGACACCACAUCCUCCACUUGAAAGAAAAGAGGGACCUCCGGGAUGAUUAUCAGCAUGCAUGGUUGGAAAUGCAAAAGUAGCUUACACAUCUGGGAAGGCAGCAUUAAUGCUGAACAAUGUAUCCACGUUUUAGAGCAAGAUGUGCUGCCAUCCAGAUGAUACAGUUUUCAGGAAAGAUCUUGCAUAAUACAGCAAGAAGAUGCCAAAAGUUUUUUUUGCAUGAAGAUUCUGGUCCUAAACUGGCCCACCUGCAGUGCUGACCUGUCAGCUGUUCGAAACAUUUAGUGCAUCAGGACACAGAAAUGAUGACAAAGGAGACCCAGCCUGAACUGUUGAUGACCUAAAACUUGAAAACACUCCAGAAACAGUCAGGAUCUCCUUGGUUACCAAAAUACUCACAGAGCUUCGUUUAAGGAAGAGGUGGUUGCAACAUGACGGGAAACCUACCCCCUUCAAACUGUGUAAUCUAAUUUGACCAUAUUGGUUAGAGGUCUGAGAUAAUCUGUAUUACUUCCAUUGUUUCUCUCCAGUUGCAUUUGUCUUAGAUUGUACUCUCAAGCUAAUGUUUGUCAAAGAUGUUUUCAACUUUACUCUCCAUUUAGCAAAUAUAACAAGAGAGCGACUUCAAAGAUCGACUCGUCUUCACUGAACCUCUUCUGUUAACAUGAAACGUGUGCUUUUUUAGUCUAAAGGAAGAAAUGCUCUGACCUUCCUGUGCAAAUAUCAAUUUCUGCUAUAGAGCCUUGUCGUUUAGCUCUCAGAAAGACCGUGCUAUCCUUGGCAGGUGCGCCAAAGUGGCCGCGUCAGCAAGAGCCUUGAGAAAACAAUUGGAGCAGUGGGAUCUGCUCCCCAAGUCUGCUGUGUCAGGCAGGCCGCUGCUGGGACUCCUCUCCUCUCCUCUCUCUCUCUCUUUCUCUCCCUCGCUCGCUCUGUUUCUCUAGCGGCUGACACACAGGCUGUCACUCAUGUCUUCGCAGCAUUAGGCCGUUGCCAUGGUGUUGUUUAGCUCUACUGACAGGUGGGCUCUGACGCCAAUUCUCCUCCCCCUCCUCCCACCUCCAGGCCACACGUCAAAUGCUGCUCUCUCCACUCUGCACUGAAAAAAAAAAUACGCACUGGGGAUGUUGUUGCUGUAUUUUUGUUCAUGUGUGUGCUCCCAACACAAUCAAAGGGGGAUUUAGGGGUGUGUGUGUGUACCUGCGUAACUACCUAUCUACCUAUCCAUAUAUUUAGGGCAGUUAUAGGUCGAGUCAAGGCUUUGCAUGUGAGUAGAGAUAAAAAUUGAGGUCAUGUUGUUGCUACUGCAGAUAUUGUUUGUGGUGAAUUUGCAUGUGGAGAUGAUUUGUGUCUGGGUUUCACAUGUAUGGGAAAAUCCCACUGAAAUGUUGCUGACGACUCAGAAGAGGGGUUGCUAGGUAACCUUACGUCAUAGCCUUGCACUGGUGUGUAGGGAGGUGAAGCUGUAGGCUAACUCAUUAGCCACAUCAAGUAAAGGCCUCUUUCUGCUGGUCGUGCGAGAACAGACCUACAUAAAUUCAAAACUCAGUCGGCUGAUAGGAGCUCAGGGAAAUUUAUUAACGUAACGCAGCCUCCACUACAUCAUCUGUGUAUGUCUUUGCAUAGAUGGAACGUAUGUCUUUCUCUGCUGAAAAAGGUCUUUGCAGUCAGAAGACAGUUCAAACUCUACAGUUGAAUUCUUAAAUGUUUGACUUUUUCGAAGCGUUUGUUUUGUGUUGGCAUUAGCAUGUCAAGUCUGAGUGUUUGCACUUAGGGUGUGUGCAUGUUUCUCACAGGGUAUUAACUUUCUACUUUCAUGACAAGUCCCUGCUUCAAGUCUUCAAAAGUUUUUUAUUGGUUUGCAUUGAAUAAUGCAUGCCAUUUAACCAUUUGAUAUUGCUCUCAGUGCAGCUGAUUGACGAGUAAUUUCUCGAGCUAAAAAGCUGCAGCCAGAGUCGACACUUAGAGCAUUUACAUCCUUUCCAUCCUCUCUCCAUCGCUCUCCUCUUUCAUCUCUGCGGCCCACAGUGGAGAUGCUUUUGUUGGCUCCCACGAAGCAGCCUUUUAACAUCCCAAGGCCACACUUUUUUUUCUGAGAGCAGCGUGGUUGUAUGAGUGUCUGUCUGGCUGGUGAGUAGAUGUGUCAGGAAAAAAAAAAGUUGAAUGAGCGGAGAAAAGACACACGCUCGCUAUUGUUGCUCAGGCACUCGAGAGGUGCGCGGCGAGGUUGAGAGCUAGCUGGUGUCGCACGGCUCAUCUGAAGGUGCUGCCUGCUGUAAUGGACUCUUACAGAUAGACUGUGAGAUAAGGAGACACACUAUACGGCCGCACUGAGCUGCACAACGCGGCCUGCUGCAAACCAAUACCAGGGUGUUCAUUGUAAUACUUACUCACAGGACCACUGCACUUGACAUUGGCUCGGGAAGCACCGGGGUAAAGUCUCCCAGCUUUAUAUGUUGUUGAAUAUUUAAGUGUUCUGAGACGGUGACAGGUCUUGCUUUUGAGGGUUUGGGUUGUUCUGGAAACUGAUGCUCCUACUGUCAUGAGACACUACAGCGAGGGCUUCACUUUAGUCAUUAAUGCGCUGACUAGCAGAUGCAAUCAUUUAAAGCCAAUGGAAAUCUAAACCCACAACAGCCUAACUAUGUAAUUAUAUAGCUCGAACAGACAAUAUACAGUCAAUACAUCAUUAAGCACUGGAUUCAUCAAUUUAUAAACAUGUGGGGGCAUCUCAGCUGAUGGUGCAGCAACCUCUAAUUGCUAUGGCGUGUAACACUGUCGUUUCCAAAGCCAGGUUGAUUUCAAUCAAGUCACACACAGUCUUGAGAUAUUAUCUAUCUUUUUUUCUUAUCUUUUUUUUUAUUCUGAUCUUGGUUUUCUUAGAGUUUUUGAGGUUUAUUUUCCCUCAAAUUUUGCGUGAACUCUCAACUUGAGCACCAUUUAUACAAAUUGAAGCAAAGUUUCCACACAUUUGAUAGGAAAACUUUAAAAUGCACAAGUUUAGCUCAGUUGGCAGAGCAGACACAUGUGAUCGGAGGUUACCGCUCUUAUUGUGCGUGUCCCAGUGUAGGAGCCAAAAUAUAUUUGUUGAAAAUAAGAUUUCUAAUAGGUACUACGGCCCGACUGAUAUGGGUAUUUUGGGGCCGAUGCUGAUCAUUAGGGAGGAAAAAAAUCAGAUAACGAUUAAUCGGCCAAUUUUUUAAAUUUUUAUAAAGUUUUAAAAUUUUGUUAGUUUAAGUAAUAUAUCAACGUAUUUACUUAUUUUUUUUAACAAAUGGCUGCCUAUGAGCCUUUCAAACACUUCUCAGUAACAUUAACCUCAGUAAUCUUCCAUGUAUUUAUCCCGAAUAAAACUCGGACAAGAAAAGCGUUUUCAACUACACCACCCCGGCCGCCGUUCAGUGCCUCUGCGUCUUAACUCACUUUACUCGUUUCCAGUCCCGUCUCAUCUGUAGACAUGCAGCUGCUUUAGUAAGAGAAGUAGCUUGAUCACGUGUACUGUCUUUUAUUCUACCAUUACUGGCACAGUGUAGCAAGGCUAAUAGCAGGUGGCUAACUCUAACUUUAGUUCGCAUAUUACAUUUUCGAAGUGAAACCGAAUCUUUUUCUCCGCAUUUUAUUUCUGAAAAUAUCUGCGACAAUCGGCAAGUUUUGGCCGAUUACCGAUUAGUCUCAAACGGGCUAAAAUUGGCUGAUUUAAUCAGCUCGCCGAUAAAUCGGUCGGGCCCUAAUAGAUACGUCACUUCCGGGGAUUGUCACUGAGGGGUGUGGUUUUGGGAUGUUUGGCGGGUUAUUUAAAUCUCAGUGGUGUAGUCAGACAAUGGGUUGUGGUAAGCUCUGAUAAUUUUCUGUUGACCAUUUCACUCAUUCCGUUUUAACCUCAUUUCAUCAUAUCACUUUUUCAUUUGAAGGCAAAAGUUUUUGACCUGGAUCAGUGUGUUUUCUUUAUUUUUUUGAACAAUAAAUUACCUUUUUUUAACACUCAAACCAGACUGAUAAUUGAACAAGUCACAGAUGCAAGCGAACCUAAACCCCAGCGGCCUUUUUAUUGAAGGAAACCAGUCGCUACACCCUGCAUUAUUAAGCAUUUUUAUUCUGUCUCCCUGAAUUUCUUGACCCUCUCACAAGCUAUCCUUUCAAAAUAAAGGCAAAAGUCCUAAAAACAAAUCUUGGGGAGAAAAAAGGUUGGGUUGACUUUGGCUACUGUGAGUUUUCUAACUUGAUGUUUAAAAGCGUAACUCUGUCCUCAAUCAUCUCUCCACCACUUUACGAUUAGAUUCAUGAAUACUUACUUUUGACUAAGACAAAAAGUAAAAUCUGGAUCAAUUCUUACUCGGAAAUAUGUAUAAAAAAAAUUACAAGGGAGUGCUAUAACUCUGCCUACAAGAUUGACUAGUCAUGUGGGAUUUUCUACUGUCAUUACGUCACUGAUAUAAGCUGCUUCCCUCGCUCCAAACUCACUUGUUUGCUGUGCCAGCAGUGCAGAUGCUCCAAUUAGAUGACCGGCUUAUUGUUCCUCUGUAUGAUAAUAGCUACUCAUAUCUAAUUAAGUAUCUUGUGCACUGAAGGCAGAGGGAAAAUUGGGUUAAACAAACAACAGAAUCACAAUUGCUGUAGGUACAUUGAGUUCUGAGAGGAGGGAAAAAAACUCCUGCUAGUAUGGAGUACUUUUAUCAUCAGGUUAACCAUCAUAGCGUAUGAUUUGUUGCAAAGAGUGUCAGCCAGUGAGCAUUAAUAACUGGGUUAUUGCUCCUUAUCUGACUUAUCUGGCGUUAGAGAGGACAUGCUGUGUAAUUUCUGUCUCCUCUCACCUAAAUAAAUGGAGAAAAAAGAGGUGUGUGUGUGUGAGAGAGAUCCUCCUCAGUGAGAGCCUCCUUUUUCAACUCCUCUCCCCUCUAACCUGCCCCUCCCCUCUGAGCUGUGUUCUCUGUUGCUCCCUGCAGGUGAAGCUGAUGAAAUACAUCUGUAAACAGCUGCAGUGCAAGCAGAAAGUGCCAGAGACAGAGAGGCCCGAGGCCUUGGACAGCUAUCCACAUUUAAAAGACUGGCUGCGCACCAUCAACCUGCGACCAGAGCUCAUCGAGGUAGGUCAUGCUGUUUUUCUCUCUCUCUCUCUCUCUCUGUCUGUCUGGAGCGUGGGUGAUUGUGUCUGUGGCAUAUUUAUGUGGAUUCUGAGUGUGUGCACUGAGUCUCCUUUUUGCAUUUGCAUGUGAAAUACUUGAGUUAUGACCAUAAAAAUAUCCUCUGUAAAGAUAUGCCAUUUUAGGCAACGAAUCUGAUCUCUGAACAGAUUCGUAAAAAGAAAAAAAAAACUACUCCUAGUUGUUUUUUAACUUAAUGUAUACAACUAGUUUUUAUUAGACCGAUGUGGAGAGUAGAGGGAGAUUAGCAUGCCCUUCUUUAGACAAACUGCUCGUGGUUGCAUAAAAAUCUGGUUCCCAGCUUGGUGCCAUUUAUAUCUCUGUGCCAUGUAAGUGAGACUGUACAAAGUGUACGAGGAAUUUAUCUGAAUAGAUUUUUGUUAAAGUCCUCAAUUUCAAGCUGUGCUAAAUUCUUGUUUUUACAAAUUUUAUAUAACCUUAGCAGCAGAAUCUACAACCAACUCUUUGUAUCAGAUCAGCUCAUUUAGAGUCUGUGUACGAAGAUAUCGGGUGAAGUGAUGAUGCCUGAAUCAACUCACUAGUGUUCAGUCAGUGUAAGGGGUGACCUGCAGAUAGAGAGCCUGAGUGUAGUCCUGUUGAACAUGUGUUGGCCUCUGAGCAGAUCUGACCUCCUUGUAUAGAAGAAUGGGAUCUCUAUAGAAAUAGUGAUUCAACAAUGACAUUGUGUAUGAUGAUAAACAUACUCAAAUUCAAACGGCCUCUUGUCCCUGCUCCUUGUGAUAAUGAGGAAACUAAUCCCUUUGCUGUUUCCAGUGCUUGUUUUUAAUAAGUGUUUGUUUGGGAACCACUAUUAAAUCUUUAAUUGCAUUGUGCUGAAUAUACUAAUGCCUUUGCAUACAAGGGAGACUGCGUUGCUUUAAAGAGGCUUAGCACAAUUGUCAUCCCGCUACAUGAUCUGUUUGGCAAAUUUAGUCGUAAUUUCCUCUCCUUUUACUGACUGCCCUUCCUGUGUUGCUCUGAACUCUAGUAAUCCCUCCCCUGUUAGCUUCUGUAUGUUUUCAUUAGUUUUGUCUGUUUGUCUUUGUUUGGUGCCCUCUCUGUAACCUGCUUAUUUUACAUGUUAUUCUUUAAUAUGUCCCGAGUUUGUGCUUGCUUUUAUUGGUGUCAUACCGCCUUGUUAUAUAUCAGGUUACAGAAUGAAGCCUUGUACUUGAGAAAAGGGGCGAUCCAGAGUAGAUGCAAUCAUUUAUGUGUCUUGUGUACCGGCAGGGAUUUCCCAAAACAUGUAGAUCCCUCAUGGCGUAAUGAUGACCCGUUUUGAUCAAUCGUUAAUGGAUUGAGAUUUCAGCAGAGUAUGUCCUCAGUCUUCACUGUGAGAGCCAGAUUAUGUCAUAGGUGAUCCUAAAACACGACAAUGAUUUCAUGUAGUAUUCCUUUUUCAUUUUUUAAUAUCUGAUUUCCAAUCUCUCUCUCUAUCUCUCUCUCUCUGCUGUUGUGUUGCAACUGACAUUGAGCUAUUACAUAAUCUUAUUCCAGCAUGCUGAUGCCAUGUUGGCCAGCUUCCUAAAUGACCGUGUGUGCCUUUCCACGAACUAAUUAACUUUGUCUGUGGCUCAACUAAUUUACCUUACCUGGAUUAAUCUGGGCUAACCGCGGCAAGGUUGCGAAAGAUUUUUUUUUUCCUUAUCCAUCGAGACUAACAAUCAUUGUAGAAAAACUGUUACUGUACCAAAAAAUAGGGAAAUAUUUAUUUACCCGUAAUUAUUAUUUAUAAUUAAGAUGAACCUAAAUUACCCCAUUCAUAUACAUUCAGUUGCAUCCUGUUCUAAGUGUGUGCAUGUUUACAAGGACUGGGACGGUAUGCAUUUCUCCAGAUUCAAUUUUCUACGAUCUUUUUGAUGCCUAUUCGAUUUAAAUUGUGAUCCUACAAUAUUGUCAAUCUUAAGUCUGCAUUUUUAACACCAGUGAAACAGUUGAAUGAUUAUGAUUGUCUACUGACUAUUCUAGGAACCAUAUUUCCCCAAAAAAUACACAUCACAUGGGAGUCAGUUUUUAAGAUUUAGUCUUCAAUUUGAAAACAAAAAAAAAGAUUUUUGAACAUAAAAAUAGAUUUAAAAAUUGUAAAACAAAAAAUUACAAUACUUAUAUAAAUCGUUUUUUUUCUCCCACCCCUAAUGUUUACUGAAAAGCCCCAUAUUUCCCUCAAAGUUUACCUGACUGGAUGCUGCUUUGAAAAACGUUUGGUUUUUGUUAAUUUUGGCACCGUCUAUAGGCAGAAAAGUACAUCUUAUCACUGUGCUGAUCUUGUGCUGUACAUGCCGAGGCAAUAUUUAGUAACAAAGAAUCUCAUCUUCUUCUCAACAUGAGAUAUUUGCUGUUAAAAAUGCAAGACAGGCUCUUUUUCAGCAUGCUGUCAACCAUCUGCAGCUGCUUUCAGUGUUAAAAAUAACAGCACAGAAAACCUCAGUCUCGGUGCCGAUGGUCUUGAUUCAUUUUCUGUAUCAUAAAGUGGUAUCAAUAUCAUUUCAAGUGUUUCAAAAACAUGAAUAUGUACUGUAGACUAACAGCUAAUGUGAUGCUCAUAGCUCAGUACAGAAACACAGCACUUUUGACUUGUAAAACUGUACUAAGAAAGCCACAGUACAGCAACAACAUGUGCAAGCUAUGCUGUUCAUGAUGCUAAAAUUGUAGUGUUAUAAUGAGUGAGUGGGCGGGAGGGGAGCUGAGAGCCCACAGCCACUUUCAAAUAUCACAUCACUCACCCUUGCCCAUGUGAAUUUCUGUGUGUGUGUGUGUGUGUGUGUGAGAGAGAGAGAGAGAGAGUGCGUGUAUGUGUGUGUGUGUGUGUGUGUGUGUGUGUGUGUGUCUUCUUUUGCUUACAGUGUACACACAAGUGUGGGAGGUUGCCCUAGUUUUUCUGAUCAGUGUUUGCCCUCUCAGAGCAAGGGUUUUAACCUGACUGAUAAGCAAUUGCGUACUUCCCAUGUCAAAAAAACAUCCUAAAACCACUGGACUGUCUCCUAUUUCCUUCUGCCUUGCAACAAAUAUUUGUGCUGGAGUUUGGAAAGCAGAAAGCACCUCAGGACUGUGAGUCUGUGUUCUUCAGCUUUAUUUAAUAUGUGAGGUCUGUCUUUUUGGAGCUCCUGGUUAUCAUCUGUUUUCUUUUUUACUCUAUAUAACCAAGGGAGCUGAAAGACUUCAUCUGCAAAAUCUUACUACUUUAAGUGAACAAAGGGGGCAGAGGGGUCUUUUGUUUACAGUCUUUACUCGAAGUUCAAACUACUGUAGACUGAGCAGCGUUGAUUUUAAAGAAUUAUAUAUAGUGUAUCAGGUACAAGCAGUAAUAAGAAAAAAGUUGCAACAUUGAAAAACGAGUAAAAAAAUAAUUUGCAGUCAUUUGCAUCAUUUAGCCUUUGUGUUUAAAAUAUUAUUACAUUUGAGCACACUGAAACAGUAUAAUCGUGAGUUAAACAUGCUUACAUUGUAGUGAAUUCUGGCUGCUGUGUAUCAGGCCAUUUGUCUGUUACUUUCUAUUUCUGUAGCCCAGCAGACUUGCCUACUCCUACUCUGAUUUCGCCUAACUAACAGAUCCCACACGAUGUUUGUACCCACUCUGCAAAGUUUCCUUCACUUGGACCAAUAUAUCCAAGACUGCGCACAUUACUUCCUCUCAGGUUUUAGAGCCACGCUCUAUCUCAAUAGCUUCUACUACUACUAACUUGUACAAAUACAGGCGUAAAGCCACGACAGUAGUAUUUAAUAAUCUGCAUUUCUAUCCCUGGUGAGUAAAAGAAGUUCGAUGUGAAACGCCCCAAACAAACAGGAUUAUUCUGAUUUCCAGGAACAGUGCAAAGCAGAGGUUGUAUGACCUACUUAGUAUCUUGCCAUGCUGCCCUUUUAAUGCUGACUUACAGCAGGCCACAGUGAUGAGACCCCAGUGUUUGAGGACUCACAACAGAGGCUUUUUAUUGGGAUUAUAAGAACAGCAGAGUCUCUGUGUUUUCUCCUGUGAGAGAAAUGUCAGCAUUUUAUUACAUCUAUACUUCUUGUGUGAGGAGUAAGACAAAAACAAAGGCUGAUGAAGUUCUGCCUGUUUAGCAAACUAUCAAUAGUAUCAGUUUAUCCCACUGAAACCAGUUUCAUCUUUGUGCAGCUGUAGUAUCUAGUUGUGUCCCUACGUUAUGCGAGUGGCUCAUGUUUUUGCUCAUAAUUCCACAGAGAUUAAAUACUCCUCUCCCCUUUUUUUCUGUGUUGCCUCUCUGCAGGCAGUAGCAGCAAAGUUAUCCCUGGAUGCCUUACUGCAGAUGACGGGUGCUCAGGUGAGGGACACAAUGCGAAGACUAGGAUCCAGUUCAGAGGAAUGUGCCAGGCUCAGUGCUGCCCUCUCCUGUCUGAAAAGUGCAACUGAAUCAGGUUUGUGUUCAUGGGAGUAUUCCUUGGAGUAAGUGUGCCACAGUGGUGUUCCUCUUGGAUCUAAACUUGUGCUUUGUGUUUCUGUGUCCAGGAGGUGAAAUGAGGGAUGACGCCAGUACGUGGUUGUCCGAGCCCACAAGGAGGGACAGUGGCUCUCUUCUGACUGCAGACCAGCUUUCAAACCUGGGGACUCCUCUCCGCGCCCACAGUCCCUCACCUCUUGCCCGCCCAUCCACCAUCCAUUCCACCCCAUCCACCCCCAGCGCCACUUUUCCUCAUCCCCGUUCGGGGUCAAUGUCAGCGGCCCCCACGCCUGAUUCGCUGGCAUCGCAUAUCCACAGUGACAGCCCCCUCACAGAUCCAUUCCCGAUGUCCUUUGCUCGCACAGCCCGGCUUCACGGACACACAUCCACCCCGCCUAUAACCCCGCCUUCAAAGAGGCGUCACAGACUAAAGCCCCCCUGCACCCCUCCACCUCCAUCCCGCAAAGUGCUGCAUCUACUGCCCAAUAUCACCCUGACGCGCAGCAAAAGCCAUGAGUCUCAGCUGGGCAACCGUAUCGAGGACCCUCCCACUAACAAGUAGGUGCUCAGAGGGCAGUUUUGACUCGCAUACUGAUACAGAAUUUCCCUUUGCAGGAAAGUGUGGAUUUAUAGUUUUAUGUCACUAACCAACUUAAGCAGGACCCCCCUUUUAGUUUGACUUUUUUCACUUUUUCCUGUUUAUAUUGUCAUAAAUGAAGUUUACUCUUUAAACUGUUAGCUAAAAGAGUGCACUACUUUUUGUAGCUAUAAGACAAAAAAGUAAAUUGCAUUUAUCAGGAGUACCAUUUUCUCCCGCUUGACACUAUUCGUGAUAUCUGAAUGUGAACUAACAGCUGUAGGCCCUUACAACUUAUCUAUGGUAGGAGUCAUCUAACUCAAGCCUUGUGCACAGUAAGUAAUGCCAGUUUACUGUUAAACUUUUGUAGGGUAAAAUAUUAGAAAUGUACUUUUAUUUUGCUUACUCGUAUCAGGGGCAUUGCCAGGAAUUUUUAGCCCCAUACAAGAGAUAGUGACCCAGUGGUUUUUUUUAAAUAAAAUCCCGACAGGGUGAGAAAAGGCUCCCGCUACCCAGCUACAAAUAGUGUUGAUCUAAAGAGGGUUUUAUUGAUUUGUAAAUGAUUUACUUAUACAGCUAAUCAAACUGAACAUUUUAAAUUCGUGUUGCAUUUUAAUUCUGUUUUACUGUUAUUCAAAUUAACAUUUUCAUUCAUAGUCAAGUCCAAACAGCAUCAUUUUUCCUCUAGUAUUUUUAAACAGAUUCAGAAAAUAAGAGCAGGAACUGAAUAAGGUCCUCUUCCCUGUCACAUUUUCUUCUAGUCUGGUAAAGCUGCCACAGUCCAUAUAUUGAUCCAGUUUGUGGCAGCUUCGUGUCUGUUUUCUUCAAUUUGAUUGACGUCUCGUUCACUCAGCUCCUGUCUUGAUUUGCUCAUUUUUGCAUUGUUUCACCAGCUCUUUUAUUCUUAUCUCUGCUGUUGACCUGUCACUAGUCUAUAGUUUAGCUCUUUCCAAAUAGAUUGAUAAUAUUAGAAAUAUUCUACACAUUGUCAACUGAUGCUACUAGAAAGUUAUGUUUGAUAAAAAAAAAAUAGAUGAAAUCAUAAACAGCAUGCAACAGUUUUUCGGGAUUAAUGACCACUAUCAAGGGGUUUUGACCUAUCAGGAUUACAUAUUUAACACAGCCUAGAGAUUAGUAAGAAGGAAAAGUAAUAGGAAAAUAUUUUACAUUGGGUCCCACCACUUCACUGUCAGAAAUGGUCUUAUGUUUUAAGAGACCUGUCAGUCAGACCUUUAGAAGUUCUGUUCCAUGUGUUGCCCCAUCGGCCUAAAAGUGACGUUAGGUCAUUUUUCAACUUUAUUGAGGAAGAAUAAAAGAAAAAAACACUUGCUGGUGAAAAAAUAAGAAUUUUUUAAGGUUAAGAAGUAGAGUCACAGAAUCAAUGCAGAGGUCUGUGUACUCACUAUAAACAAUCCCAUAUUUUAGAGGGUGGGGCAGGCCCUUCUGAUACUGGUGUGUGUAUUUGGACAACCCAGACUUGAGUUUACCUAUAAAGUAUGAAUUAAAUUUGGCACCAAAAAGUUAACAAAUUGAAGAAUUGGACAGAAUAGUUAUACAAGAUAGUCAUCGGUCACUCUGAGUUUAAAGUACCAGGGUUAUUUUUGUAAUUCAGCUACGAGUGAGAAGAGGAUCCUAAAAGCAUCUGUCGUGUCUCACAUAGAGUCCACAAAAAGGCAAAGCUCACCCAUAAUACAGCCACAUUGGCUCUCUCUCAGUCUCCCUCUCUCACAUCCUUUCACAUCCUGUCUGUUGCUCCUUUGCUCUGACUGCAUGCGUGGAGCUAAUCCCCACACAGAUUCCCAGAGAUUAUGACUCAUGUCAAAACAGGAAGUAUUUCCUAGGUCUAAUGCUCCGAGGUGGCAAGACACACUCACAAUCUGUCUCUCUCUCCCUCUAUUGUGAUUGGAUGCACACUCGCACAAACAGGCCACAUGUUUAUCCAUAACAUCCGGUCUGUUUAUGGAGAGCUUUGGUGGAAAAAGAAAAAAAAAAAACAGGCAAUGUCAGAAGUAAAUACUUCUGACAUAGAUCCAAUACAUCUAACACACUCAGACGAUCCUGCUAGUUAAUCCCGGCUUUGUACACUCUUUACAUUAUAUUACAACAGCAAUCUGAAACCAGGUCACAAAUCUAAUGGCUGUUUGAGCAGCACAAUAAAUAAAACAAGAUAAAUUAGGAGGUAUUUUCAACAAUGAUAGCCCACGUGUGUGCGCAUGUGUGCAUAAACCACAGAUCUGGCACUGCGUUGUGCUUCACUCGUUGACAUCAGUCCUGGUGUUAAGGAUCUCACCCUGGCUAUCUCAUGCCAAUACCACUUAGGUUCUCUAAUGUGACUCCUUCUCACACUUACGUAACCUUCACAGUGCAGUAUGCUCUAAUGAUGCUGUUAAAUCAGUUUUUGUUUUUUUGACUUGUUUUGUCUUAUCCUCUCUGACAGGUGUGUAAAAAAGAAUAAGUUGCUCCUGAAUAUGCAAGUAAACGGGAAUGGAUGUGAGGACUCGCCUUCUCGUUACCAAGUCAUAUCUUCUCGCACCCCUGGAAAUACUCCAGUGGCCACCCCAUCGUCGUACACCCUACCUGGCACACCCACCCUCAUGGAGGAGCAUAGCACCAUCAAGAGUGAGUUCAACACAUUUAGCCAAUUUCUUGCAUAUUUCAUGAAUAUUAGAAAAAAUACACUUUUAAAAGUCUUUAUUUUAUGAUUGUGUCGGUAUAUGUUUGUCUUUUUGUUUGUGAAGAGUGACUGAAAUGUAGGAUCUGUAGCAUCUCAAAUACCACCUCUGAAUGAGGGGAUCACAUCCACCUGUAGCCUGGUCUGGUAACUUUUCAAGUGGUCAUAUCAGAUUUAGGCCCAAUUUCAUUAAUACAGAUCUGCCUGUUCUUGAUUUUAAACACUUCUGAUUGGAUUAAAGAGGAUGCUGUUAAAAUCAUUUUCCCAUGAAGUGUUAAUAUUCGGGGUGCAAGAUUUGAUCUGUGACACUGGCAUUUCCAAAAGCUUAUCCAUCAUUGCAGCUAGUGGUAAAAAAUGUUUAUCUGUCAUCUGUGCUCGCUAUUUUCACUUUUUUAUUCCAUUAGCCAACUACUUCAACCAUUUAUCCAUCAAUUUAGCUCACUCUUUUAAGUAGUACUCUAUUACAAAUGAGUAGUAUUUUACUUUUUUAACAAUAAAUUUGGCCCUUUCUGCGAUUUAUGCUCAACUUUUAGAGUUAAUUCAGUCAUCUGUGUAUGAACAAAAGUCAACUAUUUUUUCUGUUUAUCCACUGGUUUAGGUAAUUCAGCUGCAAUUGUCAUCAGAUACUUUGGCCAACUAUACUCAUGGUUAAAUCUUUAUUGUUGGUGAAGUUGUUUAUCUGUUGGUACAUUUUUUGCAGCUCAGUGUUUCCUCUGAACGUCAAUGAUUCUUGUUUUUCAUUACAUAAUCUAACAAUGUAGACAAAAUGUAUCUGACUUUUUCAGCUUAUUGUUACCCUAAGGUUUUGACUGCUCAUCUAUUAUUAUUGCAGACCUCUUCAACCAUUUUCCAUAAGUGUUUUAACCAUUUAACUGGUACAUUAAGCUUUUAUUUCCACCAUAGUUCUUGACAUUUAGCUCACUAUUUCAGCAGUUCAAGGACUUUAAGCUGCACCUGUGCUGCCAUUAUCCCAAGCCUCCUGUUGAUACAUCUUAUCUUAUUUUUUUGUCAGGUUUUGUACUCUCUGACAUGACUGAAAUUUCAUUCAGGUGUUUCAGUGUCCUUAAUAUACAGUAUUUGACUGUCUUUUAUUUAAGCAACCUUUUUAUCAGUUUAGCCACUCCAUCAUUUUUAAAGACUUUCCCUAAUUUGCAGUGUAACCCUGAAGUAUAUUUAUUUUCUAAAGUACAAAAAGCAAAUUUUGUAGAUGUAAUUCCCUCCUUGUAUUCAUCCAUCUCUCUUUUUCUCCAUCUUUCCAUGCAUAGAUAAUGUAGCAGUGCAUCGCAGCUCCCCACAAGCAGUGAGGAGGGACAUUGGCCUUGCAGUCACACACAGGUACAUCCCGAGUUUGUCCAAAUAAAGCAAAAACUGCUCGACUGAACCAAAACACAGUCGUGACUUUGCGCCAUAACUGGUUUGACAGGAUAUUUUGUCUUUGAACAGGUUUUCAACCAAGUCCUGGCUUUCACAGACGUGCCAGGUGUGUCAGAAGAACAUGAUGUUUGGGGUCAAGUGCAAACACUGUCGGUAAGUGGAGCAUUUUACUCUCAAGAAGUGCCAAAAUUCAUUGUCACUGACAGAGAUGGAUAAACUGAAUCACAUUAAAACACUGUGUAAGAAAGCACUCUGUCCUCUGUCUGCGCAGGCUAAAGUGCCACAACAAAUGCACAAAAGAGGCUCCUUCCUGCAGAAUCUCCUUUCUACCAUGUAAGCUUUGUCGUCAUAUGCUGAAUCUUUUCCUCAAGCAGUUAAUGGACAAAAUAUACAGUAAGAUACCUCCUGACUUUCACGAUUUCUCUUCUAGUCCCCAAAAUUCGAAGGACUGAGUCUGUUCCAUCAGAUAUUAACAACCCUGUGGACCGGCCGCAAGAAGCACCACAGUUUGGCACACUACCAAAGGCCAUUACAAAAAAGGUAGGACAUGUAUAAGUGACACUAUGCAUGACAAUUUCAGUCUCACUUUAUAUACUUCUUAUAAAUACUGUUGAAUUCAUAGAACAAAAAUACAAAAAUCUUGGUAAAUCAAUGGACGUAAUUUGGUGGUUUUGAUUUUUAUAACCGUAUUUUCUCUACCAGUCUGUGCAAAAUAUUAUAAAGACUGAUGAAGCCCUUCCUAGACUAGUCUUGAUACGUAAACAUAUCAUAACUGUUAUUUACCAAUUUUUAGGAGUGUAAUUUCUGUCUCUCUCUGACCCACCAGGAUCACCCUCCAGUGAUGAACCAGCUCGACUCCAGCAGCAAUCCGUCCUCCACCACCUCAUCCACACCUUCCUCCCCAGCACCUUUCCAGCAGAGCAACCCGCCCAGCGCCACGCCACCACCCAACCCCUCACCCAAAGGUCACCGGGACAGCCGUUUCAACUUCCCAGGUAAGCCUCACAGAUGACUUCAUACAGGAAUAAAUACACAGGAUAGAUACUGCAGUCUGAUAAUCAGUGUGCACACACACUAUGAAAAGUGCAUGCUAACACUGUACUAACAUUAAUGCUAACGGAUUGUUUGAUCUGGAUUAUUUGUCCAGUUUGAGAGUGUUAAAUAUUUAUCCUUCUUUCUCUGUGUGCCACACUAAUACGGCAGAACAACUGUGCUUUUACAGGAUCUGUUGAUUCAGAGCUUCUCUAACCAAACAUCUCUCACCCUGCUGUGCUUGUCGAUCUUUCCCUCUCUCUUUUACUUCAAAAGCUGCCUGUUACUUUCAGCAUAGACAACAGUUUAUCUUCCCCGGUGAGUUGAUGGUUCUGAAGCAACCUGGUGCGUCAUUAUCUCCUCAUUGUUCCACCCUACAAACCUCAGUUUGCGUGUUCCUCUCUCUGUAUCCUCUGCAUGUUUGCUUUUAGGUUUGUAAUAGUAACCGUAGUCCUCUUCCAGGGUUGCAUGUUGAAACUUAACGGCCUUUUGACACCAUCUGCUGGUGGUGGUGGGGAAUUGCAUGAGCAGUAAUUUGUAUCUGUGGUUGGCAGUGAGUUUUUACGUGGGGAAAUAUCACAAGGACAGAAAAAAAGUCUUUCCCUCUUUCUUCCCUAAACCAUGUUUUUUCUUCUCUACAGAUGUCUCCAGUCCUGCUAGCUUGCAUCCUGAUGUCCUGCAAGACACUGUGUAAGAUAUCAACAUAAUACAAAGUUGAAUAUACCAAUCACACCGCAGUAAAAUCUUCACCUAACUGAUAGAAACUGUUGGUAUUGCAGCAACGAGACCGAGAAUUUGGCGGAUGACAUCCACGCAGAGCUGGUAGAAGAUGAGGAUGAAGAGGUAAAGCCGUCGUUUAGGGAUGCAGGAGUCAAAACACGAAAUAUUAGACCAAGGACUUAAGCGCUAGGAUGACAUUAAUGGCUUUACUGAAUAAUAAUGAGUACAAACAACCCUUUGGGAGCCCUGAUCUGCUGAUGCAGGAUGUUAAAUAGUCUGCUAACCUUUGACAAAGCUGAGAGUGGUGAAGUUGACCCAGAUCAGCAGGGCAGAGCAACAUCUGAAUGGAUGUUUGUUUUGGCACCAGAAUGAGUUUUGAAAAUAAGCUGUCAUAGCAGAGACGUGGGUCAAACUCAUUUCUCUUUCACUGUGUCAGACUGGUAGCAUUUCUCAACCCUGUAGAUCUGUUAUAGUAAUUUGGGGACGUCUGGCUUGUUUCUUAUGAGCACUGUAAUACGAUUGUAGCAAUUUCCAUGGUAUUGAAGAAACUAGAUUGCAGGUUUCUUGUCAAUAAAGUCAGUAUGAGUGUCCUGGUGUGAGCCAAAAACAACAGCUCCUCUGACAUUUGCUUAUUGGAACCAGGUUGACCUGCUUGGUCAGGGUGAUGGUGGCGCUGUGUUGUUAUUAAUUUAAGCUGGAGAGCUCUUUAUUACAACUGAGACACAGAAAACACAAAUCUGGAGACUAUGAAAAUACUUCUUAUUUAAUGCUGGCUCACAUUCACGGAAAAUAUUGAAGAGAAACAGCAGAAUUUCAUAUUAAUUUAAUCCCCAUAAGACUAAAUGCAUAAUCAGAGUGGUACAGUAUCCUUAGCUUUGCUCUUUUUACUCACAAUAUUCCAGUUUAAUUCACAUUACUUUUGUGUUUCAGUCCUUUAUUUACACAGUAGAUUAAAAAAUGAGUCUCCACACUCUUGCAGGAGGGAGAGGAGGAAAUUGAGGUUGAAGAUGAAGACCCUGAAGUGGAGGAUGACAACGAAGAAGAAGAUGAAGAGAAUGAGGAUGAAGGAGAAGAUGAGGAUGAUGACGAGGAUAUCAGAAUGAACGUCGGCUCAGAUGGUGAAAUGGACGGAGAUGAACUGGACGACCUGCCCAGCUCUCGGGGAAACCAGUGGAAGGGUCCCAUCUCUCGUAAGCCGAGCCAGACCAGCGUCUACCUGCAGGAGUGGGACAUCCCCUUUGAGCAGCUGGACCUCGGGGAACUUAUUGGGAAGGUAAAGAAUCCGACCAGGAUACUCACAGAAUAUGUGCAACUGUCUCCACACACCAAGCAUGAGUAAAAUCAUUCGCGCAAAUGAAUCACAUGUUAAGUCAAUAAAAAGAGGCGAUGAUCCCGCCGGUUGAAUUGGCAGGGAAUACCGUUGAAUUUACCAUUGACGCACAAAUAAAGCGAGUAAAUACUAUUUAUUCACGUGUCUAGAUUCGCGCGAAUUAAGUGAGUAGAUGAUAUUGCUCGCGCUUGUUGAGAGUGCCCCGUUACACUGCAUGAAAGGAUGUUUUUGCUGAGGUUCUUGAUUCACGCAGGGCCGCUGGGGUAAAGUGCACAAGGGUCGGUGGCACGGCGAGGUGGCUAUCAGACUCCUGGAGAUCGACGGUAACAAUCAGGACCAUCUGAAGCUCUUCAAAAAGGAGGUGAUGAACUACAGACAGACCAGGCAUGAGAACGUGGUCCUCUUCAUGGGGGCUUGCAUGGCUCCACCCCAUCUUGCCAUCAUCACCAGGUGAGAGUAGAAAUAUCAAACGCUCCUCUGAAAAGUCUACAGCAGUGGUUCUCAAGUCCAGUCCUCGAGGUCCACUGUCCUGCAUGUUUUGGAUGUUUCCCUGCUCCAACACACCUGAUUCAAAUGAUUAGCUCGUUAUCAAGCUCUGUAAUGGCUUACUAACGAGCUAAUCAUUUGAAUCAGGUGUGUUGAAGCAGGGACACAUCCAAAACAUACAGGACAGUGGGCCUCGAGGACUGGACCUGAGAACCACUGAUCUACAGGGUUUUUUUUACCAGUCUGAACUAUUGUCUUCUCUUUUUUCAGCUUCUGUAAAGGGAGGACGCUGUAUUCAGUCGUUAGAGACACUAAGAACACUUUGGACAUUAAUAAGACGAGACAAAUAGCUCAGGAGAUUGUAAAGGUAAUUUUCCUCUUUGUCUGUCUCUUAGCGUCAGGAAAAGUAUUGAACACUUGUCAUUUUCUUUGACUUUUCAGAGUCAAAGUUUAAUGUACAAUCUGCUCAAAACUCUUAAUUUUAAGAAUAAACACACAGUUAAAAAUGAGAAGUGUGUGUGUGUGCGUGUGCAAAAGCAGCUGAAAUGCAGAGAUAUUUGACGUCACUUUACGAACUGUCCCUUUUUUGUUUCUAACACAGGGAAUGGGUUAUCUGCAUGCUAAGGGCAUCGUUCACAAAGACUUGAAGUCCAAGAACGUUUUUCAUGACACCAAUAAAGUGGUGAUCACAGACUUCGGGCUGUUUGGGAUCUCAGGAGUUGUUCAGGAAGGGAGGUGAGUAACGCCGCUCGAGAGGCCUUAAAUACACAAUCUCAGCUCAAGUGCUGUUCACACUGCCCUACUAUUACCUGGGGACAUCCAGUUGUUUGUAAUAAUUGGUCAGGGUCCACAGCGGCUGAAGCUCUGCAGGCGUCUCUCUUGUCAGCCACUAUUCUUGCAAAGACAAGUUGUUUCUUUUUUUAAAUUUGAUUCAUUUCGAGCACACUUUGUUUUUUCUUCAAAUUUUGAACACAGUUGGCUCAUUUUGUACUUCCUCUGUGUAUGCCUCCAUGUUUAGACAGGAUAAGGUGAAUGAUUGCAUAUUGCAACUCAGAUUUUCCACUCUGUUUGUAAGUUACUGAAACUGUGUUCUGUCCUUAUUUAUCUGUGGCUAGGCGUGAGAACAAACUGAAACUUCCACACGGCUGGAUUUGUUAUCUGGCACCAGAGAUUGUGCGGAGGAUGAGCCCAGGUAACAAUGAAGACCGACUUCCUUUUUCCACUGCUGCAGAUGUUUACGCAUUUGGGUAAGUCCCCAACAUCUUAUUGAUCCCUAAAUCACACUUCUGACUAAAACCAAGAUUUUUACUUAAUAUUUGUUCAUACAUUUAACUCAUUCAGUGCCAGGUUUUCAUUUAUGCAAUUUUCACCCAGAAUUUUUACCCCAAAAGAAAGGGGUAAUUCUCUUCUUUCACCAGAAAAAAAAGUUACUCUCUAACCCACUCCUGUGUUAAGUUACUGCCUGCUCAAUGCAGUGUGGUCACAUCAUCUUUGCCAAUCUGGAAGAAGAAACCUGGGAAAAACACAUUUUUACGAAGGAGAGACUUUCAAGCAGAACUCUGAACUCUUCUAUUUCAUUUCACUUCAAACUACUUUACCGGUGGCAUCAAGGUCCUCUCUCCUCAGACACCACUCCUCAUCACUUUGUGAUAGGUCACUUUGUGAUGGCUGGGAGAUCUGGCGCCACAACGUAAACCACACAGACCGCUCGCGUCCUCCUAGCCGGGACUGUCACUGAAUUCCGGCUUAGUCUCGCUCACCAGUACCGAGACUGGCGGCACAACGACAUGCCGGAAAUUGUUUCUUUGAUUUUCUGCUGCCAAUGUUAAGGUCCGGUACCGGGAUCUCCACUGGAUCCAGAGACAGUAGCACUGCGCCGGCGGGAGCCAAAGCGCCAAGACUGUUUUGUUUCGGCAUUUUCCUACUCCUUUUAGAGAAAAAAACACUCCACACCUAGGCUAAUUGGCACACUUGAUGUCACACUUCUCACUGGCGAGUACUUGUUUUUUGUUAUUGUAACAUGGUUAUGACUUGUUUGUCGGCUUUUCUGCGUUCAGAACGACCCCAAACUUAGUCGCAUGUUGGGGAGGAGCGCCCUCUGGCGGAAAACAAAAAAACUAAAAAAUCUAUGGCUAUUAAUGGCACUGAUUGAGUUAAAAUGUACAAUAUUCAGUUAUUUUUCUACCUCUCUUUCAGAACUAUUUGGUAUGAACUUCAAGCUAGAGACUGGCCAAUCACCAACCAGCCUGUGGAAGCCACGAUCUGGCAGGUGGGGAGCGGAGAGGGCAUAAAGAAAGUCCUGGCGGAGAUCAGUCUCGGCAAGGAGGUCACUGUGAGUUCAAACAAGCACAGUCAUUCAGAAAAGCACAUGAUGUUUAAUCUGCUUGUAAAACAAACAACCAAACAUGCUCCAGUGAUGCAGAGAUAUCGAGACGUUGCGAAACGUUGAUCGAUCAUGAUUCAUAGUCCACAGUUCACUGAGUGCACAGAUGAGCGCUUUUUCCCGGUGCACUGACUCAGAGUGGUUUGUGUCUCAGGAGAUCCUGUCUGCCUGCUGGGCGUACGACCUAAGAGAGAGACCCACUUUCACCCAGCUGGCCGACAUGCUGGAGAAGCUGCCCAAACUCAACCGCAGGCUGUCCCACCCCGGACACUUCUGGAAGUCUGCAGAGUAGGUAUCCAUGAGGGGAGGACAAUGUGAAGACACUGGACGUGUGGCAACAAACAAACAAAAAGAUUGUAUUUGUUUAACUUUAGGUUCUUUGUGGUACAAAAGCUCGGCAGUAAUCAGACCAAAAGUGAUGUUUUUCUAAAGGAAUAGGUUUAAGGAAAGGAAGGAAGGAAGGAAGGAAGGAUUUCUUCAUUUGUUGUCAUCAUCAUCACACAUGAACCACAUACAUUCUGUCACUAUUGCUCUUCUCAGAUCUCCAUGACUUUCUCUAUAAUGAACUUUACAGUGACCUUUGUGUUUACAUAUGAAUGUGAAUGUGUGAAGUUUUACUUAUUUAUUUUACACUUUUUGUUAUUUUUUUUUGGCAUAUUUGCCUAUUAUGAUAGGAUGGGUGAAGAGAAACAGUGAAUGUAGGGAGAAGAGAUAACAUGAGUCAUAGCCUCAGUCCGUGGUGUGUGUGUGCACUAAAACCAUCAAACAGGCGCCCAAGAAUUGAAGCAUAUUGACAGUAGACAGUUUCACAGACCGUCACACGUCAUGAUCGGAUAGUUCUCUGUAACAGUCUGUGUACUCAUCCCUGUGCUCAACAAACAGACAUUAAUCCUAAAAGAACAGGUCUUAUAAUCACUAAGUCAAAUAUUUUCUUUCUACUGACUCUCACCUUGUCACAAAUUUCAAUGCGUCAUCAUCAAACAUGCAAAGUAACUUUACAAAGUAAGAAACAACCAAAUUCAAACAGGGUUGAGCAGCUGCAAAAGACUCUGAAAGAGCCAAAAAAGGGACUUAAGCCUGUGUCAUACUGAUGCUUCUAUAACAUCUAGGUUUUAAUUUAAAUGUCACAGAUGUGCAAUGAUGGGGCCGACCAAGUCAUUCCUCUGCUGUUUUGGUACUGAAGGUAGUAGUUAUGGCGAUGUUUCAGGGCUGAAAUGAGAUCACUGUGAGCAGGAAGGGCAGAACAGUGCUGUGUGUGUGUAAGUGUGUGUGUGUGUGUGUGUUUCUGUGUGUUUACGUCUAUGCUUCACAGUACAGUAACUUAAUGUGAAAUCACUGUCAGAGGGUACAACAUGACGCCAUUGCAUGAUCAAUAUGAGGAUACUAUGACGUGUUGAUAACUGAGUUCUGUAACAGUGCUGUCACAGACUUGAAAUCUGAAAAGGAUUUUCCCACAUGUUGUCUUUUCCAUCAUUUCUCAUCCUGACUUUGUCACAUACAGACCUUUAAUCAGCAUUUCUUCAUUACAACUUCACUUUCAAACCUUAUAUUCCACUUUCUUUCUGCUUCUGGCUUAUUAUUUGCUUUUCACAGUGUUUAAGACUAUUUUCUAGGCUGCUGUUUAAAUUUUUUAACCUUGUGUGAAAGAGUAAAAGAAAGUAACUAUAUAAGUCCUAGAGGUUUAUUUGGUAAAAUCAACUGAUGAACUUAUAAAAUGGAUCUUAAAUUAAUCUGUUUACUGAGAUAAAGCUGACCUGUUUCUAUGCAGUGAGUGUCCUCUAACUAAUCUACAUGUUUGUGAUGUUUUGCUGCUUUCUUCACUACAAAGCUAUUUCACUUCCACUAACUGUCUAACGUUUGUGUUUUCCUUUUGCUCUCUUCCCUCUUUUCUUUUUUCUCUUUUUCUAAUCUAGGUUGUAGCAGUCACUUUGAAUCAUAAGCAAUGCAAAACAAAGCCUGGGUCUGCCUUGCAUGCUCCUGUAUCCUUAACUUUUACAGGAUUGAUCAAAGCAUUGCCUCUGCCUGCAACAGACACUGCUUCAACUAAUCACCAGUCUGAUCUUCCCUGUCUAACUGUUGCGUUUUUUUUUUUAUUCUUGUUGGAAAGAGGGAGGAGGAAUUGGAGAAGUGAGACAUUUCCCACCUUUUAAUAUCUUUUUGCCUUCCUUUUGGUUUUGUUCUGUGAUGUUGUGUGGGACUCUGAGGCUUGUGGAAAAACUGGCUCUGUGCCUGCUGAUGGCCUGCUCACCUUCUCUGUGCUGCUGUGAUGUAGCUGCUCGCACCAGAGCCCCCCGACCACACGGCUCCUUUUUCUCUCUGAAACACACACACACACUAAAACACACACACACACGCACUGCUGGACGUAAAAUGGACCCCACUUCCACACGGACCACUUCAUUUAUCUGUGUUUCCCCCUGAGGGGCUGACACAUGUUUGACAGGCUGCUUGAGUGAUGUUCUCAAACCUACUGCCUCUCUGCUUCUCUCUCUCUCUCUGUUUUUAAUGUGUGUGUGAGGACAUGUGCGUACCAGCCCAUGUCGAGACACAAUAUGCACUUAGCCAUCAGUGAGAAAAAAAUUAAAAAAAAACAUAAAAUCCUUUUUUAUCAUUGAUGUUUAGUUUGGUUUUAAUGGUCAUAUUUGCAGUGUUUUAAUUUUUUCUCUUUCGGGAGGGUCUCAGAGGAGUGGCCGGUGUGAUAUGCUCACUUUGUAUGUUGUCUUUUUGGAGUAUAACUCAGUAGAUUCACUGUAUGUUGGAUACAUUUUAAAAACGGGGCACUGAUGAUGACUUUUGUAUGCUUAAUGACAUGUUGAAAUGAAAAGAAACAGGAGAAUUAUUCCCUACAUCUUUCACAAUCCAUAUGGGAACACAAUAAUGCUGGUUAUUUAUGAUUAAAGAGUUUUUUAAUAAUAUCCAUCCAUUGAGUGUAAAGUGCACCUUAUAGAAUAUGACUUAUAUAAACGGUGAAGAGGAGUGACUUCAUUCUCUGCGCAACAAAAAGAUAAAUCAGGAACCUGGCGCAAAGUGUCCUAUAUCUUCCUAAGACGUUACCUCUUGUGCGCGCUUGUGUAUACUGUUUGUGGUUGCUGGCUUUAGUCAGCAUGCUUGUAUUUAUGUGUUGUGUGUGUGUGUGUGUGUGUGUGUGGGUGCACGCGCAACCGGAUGAGCGUACUGUGUUGGAAUAUGUUGGGUUGGGUUUUUGUGAAAGACUGCAGUAAAUGUUGUGUUGCAAAUCCAAGGGUAUGUAAUGUACAUACAUUAUUUGAUGUAUAGCAAAUGAACCUGAUUCUUCUAAUAUUUGUACAAACAUUUUAUAUGUAAAUGACAUCACCACAUUUUUGAAUAGGUACUGCUGUGGCUAUUACAAAUGUGUAUAUAUAUUUAUAUUUUUUCAUGUAUGAAGUACUGUAUAAAAGCUGUACAUUUUUUAGAAUGGGCCAAUACAUGUUUUUUUAUGUUACUGUAAAAUUCAUAUUUUUGUAUUGCAUGUGACUACCAUUCUGUACACGCAGUUUCUGUUUUCAUCCAUGAAGGACAAUAAAAUGAGUCAUGUUAAAAUCAGGUUGGACUCUGGUGUUCUUUGUCUCUGUACUAUUGUCUGCCUGUCUGUGUGAGACUACAGUGUAAACUGUUUCAGCUCUGUUUUUCACUCUUAACACCCGAUCAAAACAAGUACAUCAAGAACCACAGGCCUAGGUAUUGAAAUCACUUACAGUCAGUGUCUGUAAAAAGUGCAUAUAUGUGGUUUUCUCUGUACGUGCUCAAGUCCAAACGUACAUUUGUGAUUCUGUGGUGACAAGCAGUUGUUUGUGGAAGUGAUCUAAAAUGAUCUUUUCAACAUUUGAUAUACUUUACUUUGCUCUACAAAUUCUGUUUUUAUCUACAUUUUUGACAGCAUCCAGACUCAAACUUGGGCAGUGAGGUUAAAUUUGAAAAAUCGUAUGAUGUGUUGAUUAUAGAGAACUUGUUAGGGUGGUGUGUCGGUGAAUAUACAAGCCUGUAAAACAACAUUUAAAAUACUGUUGAAGAAGCUUUUAUGAUUGUGUCUGUUCAGCUUUAGAGGUUUUUUUCUCCAAAUAUUGAGAUACAGAUUUUUUUUUUUAUUAUUCAAAGUAGUCUUUAAAAGGGAGGCACAUCCAAGUUCUAUGUGAUGUGCGUAAGCUUUAUGUUUUUGUGUUGUUAAAAUCUCAGUUUGCCUCUAGGUGGCGUAGAGACCCAACAGAAAGUUUCUUAGUCUCCAUAUUCUAAAACAGCUCUCAGAAACAGCAGUUUUCCAUCUCUCUCUUAUUCAAAUGAAACGUGAAGUUCAUCAUUUUUCUUUCUGAAACCAUCUCACAGAAAAAUGAGCAUCACCCAAAAAUGUGAACCAAAAACACGUGACUCACCUGCAUAAAAACUUGUAGCUGUAAGAUUUUUUUAGUAUUUAAGUAGACCUUUCUGCGCAACAGCAUGUAAUGUAGGGUUAAGAGUUGAUACAGAGGUGCUGCAGUCCUUCUUUUUGCAUCGCAUUGGACGGCUGAAGAUAGACAGGAAAUACGGGGGCUGAAAGGAAGACAUGCAAGAGACAGUCACGGCUGGGAGAAGAAUCAGAGACUGCUACAGUGAAGACUUAAGUCUCUAUGCUGGGCCAAAUGACUCCAUACUAAAGUUCUUACUAAAUCUACCUUCAUAGUUUAACCCUGCUUUAAAUUUUUAGUCCAUAUAAACCAAAGCUGAAAUUUGGAAUAGAACAAUUUGCAUACUACAUCUUUGAAGAAAAUGCUUGUAGGUUUUUUUUUUUUUUUUUUUUUUUUGACUCAUAAUUAACAGCUUUUCAGCCAUUAUUAUUUUAAAAAUCUAAAUGAUUCAGUUUAAAAUAAAUAAAAUGGUCAAACAGGCAUCUUUUUAAGUGAGGAAGUUGUAGUUAAAUGAUGAAAACUGUCUGAAUUCAUCCAUCAGUAAUGAUCUUUUUUCAUUGAUCUUUUCUUUUUUUUCAUCUACUGGUAUCAAACCCAGCUGAAAAGAAAGAACCCUGUAUCCUGACUGAUGGUGCUCUGAAACCAAAAGCUCUUUGACUCCAACUGGUACUGGACCACAUGACCAGCAUUUGGUGGGGGGUAACUGUUUCUCUCACUGGGCAGUCAGACACAGAAAGUGCUUUCUUCACUUUGUAACAAUCAAGGCUAAUGGUAAUUAGUAUUAUGACAGCUGGUGUUUCAGUUUGAAACCCUGCAUCAGAUAAUUUAACCCCAAAUAAAAACACAAUUACAUGUGCUGAACAAAUGCAUGUGAUAUUGAUCUGAUUUGAUGUUUGACUGUUGAAUUUGAAAAAUCUGAGCAAAGCUGAGAUUCAAAAAUACCCUUUUUUUUAGGUUUCACCUGACAACUGCAUUAUUUAAUGUUUUACAUUUCUGGAUUUAAAAUAUCACUUGGACUGCCUGCAGCUUUCUGCAAUAUUAACUCGGCUUCAAACUCAGAGGACUACUAAGAUUCGUGCCUUGGACUGCACUAUGCUUCACUGAUCACCAGGAUUGAUGGAGUGUGGAGACUAUCAUAUACUGGUACAGAGGAUAGUUGUACUCAAGAUAAGGAUAUUCAUGGAGGGAGUCUUCUGAGAUCCACAAAACACUGCAAAUGUCUGCAAGACUGCGCUCCAACUGACUGAGUCGUCUUCAAUAAUGAAUAUGAGCAAAGGCAGACAAAGGAGGGAAGAGGCAAGUGCCAAUCUGGACUGUACAACUGAAGCGCAGGUGUGGUGGAAGAAAUGUUUCAAACCUGCAGUAAUGCAGAGAUGACUACUAUCAACUCAGUUAUGAGGCGUAUUGAAGCUUCCUCCAAUAAAAUAAGGAGUCAAAUGUUUUAUCUUUUGAGUCUGUUUGCAAGGACCAGUCAAUUUACUACGAGGUAAAAGGAAAGAUAGUACCAUCUAGUACAGAAACACCCCAGAAUAAAUGUUUCCAUUUUAAAUUUUGGGGUACAUGCCAUUAAAAACAGCAAUCGCAGGUUCUUGUUUGGGAUUUUGAUUAACUCUUUCUCUGAACUUAAUAAGGUCCAGUUCUUUAUGGGUGGACUCCUGUCUUUCUUUUAACAGAGGGGUCUGCAAAGUUGGAAGGUUAAAUAUUUUCUUUUAGUUUCACACAAUGUAAUAUGUUUGAGACUCAUCACAUGCAAUUAAAACAUUUCAAAACAUUUCAAACAUGGCAGACGGCUCACAAUAUCUAAACAAAUAUCAACAAUAUUUCAUUUUAAGUUUGAUUAAAUCCAUGUUCGAACAGUAUGAAUAUCAUGAAACUCUCACUCUGGUCCCGAACAGCCAGCCACAGUCAUGGGGAAGACUGCUGACUUCAAAGUUGUCCAGAAGACUUUCAUGGACAUCCUCCACAAGGAGGGUAAGCCACAGAACGUCAUUGCAGAAAAGGCUGGCUGUUCACAGAGUGCUGCACUGAAGCAUAUUCAUGGAAAGUUGGCUGGAAGGGAAAAAUGUGGAAAGAAAAGGUGACCAAGCGACAAGCGUGACUGCAGCCUUGAGAGGAUUGUCAAGGCUUUGGACUCAGGGAGCCUCACAAGGAUUGGGCUAAGACUGGUGUCAGUGCAUCAAGAGCCACCACGCAUAGACAUCUUCAGGAGAGGGACUACAAAUGUCACAACUCUUGCUUCCAAAAGAUUUAUUUUUCAUACAAGAUAUUCACCUUAUCUGCAAAAUAUAAUAUCUUGUUCCCACUAGAUAACUAUUUGUGCAUUCAAUAAACUAACUAAAGUACAUGAGACAAAAAUGAUUACUCUAUGGGAUUUCAGGAGGUCAACAAAUUUGCACAUUUCUUCUCGUGUUUGAAAACAUCUUAAAAACAACUUUUGACAUGAUGCCAGUUUUACACCAAUGAUUAUAAUGGCCAGGAAACUGUUUCACCUUAACAUCAGCACGAUUAACAAGAGGUAGUGGAUGAGUGAUCAUGAUCUUAUGAAUAUGUUGUUUUCCUUUAAUAUAUGGCUUAUUGCACCUUCAAUAUUUCUCUCUAACAAUCGCCAGAUUCUCUUCUUUUGAAUGACAUACAUCAUGGAUUGAGGUACCACAACACGAUGGCCUCAUUUGAGCUUUUCUAACUAAAAUGUCUGAAGAAGUAGAAUCAUAUGAAUAAAGCAGUUUCUAAUCUGGCUUCAAUCAAACUUCAUUUUUAGUCACCCCUUGUUGGCCAUUAGCAAGCAUGCAUGUUGAAAGCAUUUCAGGCUUGGCUUCACUUUUAAAACAAACAGAGACAAGUUGUCCUUUUUUAUAUAGUCUAGAUUCUGCAGUUGUCUUCUUAUUUAAGAAGGUGACCUAAAGUCAGAUACAAUGACCAACAACCAGACCAAUGAUGAUUCACCUUGAUACACACCAACCUCUGCGUGACAAAGACAACACAUCACAGCCU